AUGUACUUUUUUCUCAUUGGACGUUUAAUCUCCAGGAAUAUCGCAGGGUUUGGCAAGAAUCGCCGGGGUUUCAGCUCCAGCAUCGACGUUGGCAAAGAUAAUAAUGGGUCUGGAGUAGUCAAAGGACCGGAUUCUGAUCCAAACGGCGUCAUGGGUCCACCCAGUAACAGCACAGGGCAACUCGAUGACUCGGAUUAUGUCUUCUCAUUCGAUCCGAUGCUAAAGUCUAAAGUCAUUCAAAUCUCUGGAGAUUGUCAAGGAUCAGACUUUUCGAGAAAAAUUCAAACUGCCAGAGACUUUAUCAAAUCCGGACAUAGAGUAGAAGUUGUAAUCUACACGAAACAGGGGAAAACUACAAAAACCCAAACGGACAAAGUGAUAGAAGCCAUACACUCUGCAUUACCAAGACAAAUCGAUAUCGUAUAUUCACACCUUUCAGACAUUGCAAAACCAUUCACAAUAAAAAGCAGGUCUAGAGGUCAUGCCAGACAAUUUAUAAUAAAAUUUUGGCCAAUAUGA